UUUUUUCAAAAUAAUUAUGUUAAUCUAUUUUAGUAUGCAAUAUAUGGUGUAGGUCGUAGGUGGAAGUAAGGUGUUGACUUUUGGUUAAUGUAAGGUGUAGAUAGAUGCAAAAUAUAAUUAAAGUUUUGAUAAAUUCUAAAAAGUUUUUCAGAUUAUUUAGUUGUAAAAGAUCUUAGGACAAGAUGUUAUAAAUGAACGCUGCAAAACUCGCAAGCAUUUCCAUGUUGAACUAAAGAAAAUGUAUUGGUGAUAUCAAUCGCUUACAUUUUCCAGCUAGUAGGAUUCAUUUUUUUGUGGCAAAUAACUCGUUAAACUUUAAUCUUAGAUAAGAACUGCCAAAUGAAAUAUAUUUUUCGAGUUACGAGAAAUUUUAAUUAUAUAACUUUACACAAUUUAAAGCAUAAUUACUCAUGGUUGACAAGUAGUUAUGGAUUAAAAAGAGCUUUGACUAACGCAGAAAGGUUGGUGGGUUAUCCUCCUGCUUUUAAUAGUUUAAAGUAUCUAGUUGACGAAGAACCCGCUGAUAUUCUGAGCAUUGCAAAGAAGCUUGUUGGGAGCGGUCAUCCGUUACUUUCAUUUGCCCGUGAUAUGCUUUCUCCUAGUCGAGAUAUAAACCUUCGUCUUGGUGGUUUAUGGGUGUUACUUAUAUCUAGAGCUGCCGGUGAAAGUUCUGCAAUCAUUAAAGAGGAAUUUGUUAAUGGAAUACAUCUAAAACAACGGAUAUUGGCUGAAACAUGUGAAAUGAUUAACAUAGCAUUCCUUGUACAUGGCUGCAUCAUUAAUUUAGAUAAGUUGCAGUACCUUGAAACUCUCAGUAAAAAAUCGCUUGAAUUUGGAAACAAGCUCUCCGUUUUAGGAGGAGAUUUCUUACUCGCUAAAGCGUCAGUUGAAUUAGCUAAACUUUCUAAUACCUAUGUUGUGGAACUUAUAUCGCAGGCAAUUGGCGAUAGCGCCGAGGGAAAUGUGUUAGAUGAUUUUUGCGCUGAACAAAUCUGCAAGUGGAGUGUAAAAGAGUGGGAAGUGCAUACGUUUCAAACGAGAGGAAGCUUGCUUGCAAAUAGUUGCAAAUCAGCGCUGGUUCUUGUCGGGCACCAAGAGCAGCAUAUGGAUGCAGCCUUUGAGUUUGGAAGGUACUUGUCAGUCGCAGUGCAGUGUGCAGAGGACGUUAGAGCAUUUCAAAAUAGCAAAUCGAUACUUAAACCUACUAAUAUAAUAAUAAUUUUAGCUCUUCUUCAAAAUGAAAAAACAAAAAUCUACUACAACAGCUAUAUAAAAAAUAUGAAUAUUGCAAGUAGUAAUGAGUUUAAAGAAAAUAUUGCGAGUCUUUGUGACGGUAUUGCAGACAAAGCAAAAUCAUUGAGUGGAAACUACGCGAAGCAAUGUAUUGACAUUAUUCAAGCGUUUCAGCACAAGGAUAGCAUUAGAGCAAUAGAAGAUAUACUCAGCACAUAUAUUAUAAUUGAAGAUUAAACUCAUUAAUUUUUUAAUAAAUAUUUAAUAUUUGUCCAUUUUAUUUUAUAAUACAAAUAAAUAUUUAAAUAUU